AUUCUUGAAGAACAUGGAAUUGGUCAAUGAGAGACUAAGAAAGGAGCUGGAGGAAGAGUUGAAACUUGGUACUGAACAGUUGUGCAGCCAUGCAUGGUACCAUGGUUGCCUGCCACGGAAGGAGGCAGAAUCCAUGUUACGGAAUGAUGGGGAGUUCUUGAUCCGCGAUUCACGCUCUAGUCUGGGUGAUUAUGUCUUGUCAUGCCAGUGGGGAGGACAGGCCCUGCACUUCAAGAUAAUUCGUGUGGUACUCCGUCCCCGAAAGGGCUAUUCUCGCACCCUUUUCCAGUUUGAACAGGAGCAGUUUGACAAUGUCCCUGCCCUGGUGCGCUUUUAUGUGGGCAACCGGAAGAUCAUCUCAGAUAUUUCAGGAGCUGUGGUGUCUCGACCAGUCAACAGGACUGUACCACUUCGCUGUCUGGAGGAGCGUUUCAGUGAUACUGGCCAGCCUCCUGGCCCAUCGAAGGAGGAAGAAGCACCUCUUCGACAGUUCAGCUUUCGUUCUACUAUUGCUGGGGAACAAACAGGAGAUGGAAACUUGCUCCGAACAAAAGAUCGAAGUGGAAGUGACCCCAGUAGCCUAGAUCAGCUGGGCCAGAGACCUUCAUUGCAUGGUGCCCAAUCAGACAGCAACUUAUUGACAGGAAGCGCAGAAACAUCACCUGGAGACCAGGACCGAACCCAACCCCCUCCUUUGUCUCCUGCCUUUCGCACAGGCAGUGACCCUGUCUUACGGCCAAGUGCCUCAGCACCUCAUCUGCUGGAAGGUUUGGGACUGAGUGGUUCAGAAGGGCGGCUUCAUUCCAAAGCUCCCCCAAAGCCUCUGAGGGUCCCUUCCAUGCUGAUGAAUGACUACUGUGAACUGAUUCCUAAGGUUCCUCAGGGGCCCCGAAGCCACGUGGAGCGCUUGCGGACUGAAGAGAGAUGGCGUGGCCGGGCUCACAUUACAGAGACUACUUUUGGGUUCCUGGAUUCUGUUCAGGCUCCUUUUCCUUCUCCCCAGUCAGAGGAGAUGGAAGUGGAACCAGGGUUUGAGCGCCCGCUGCUAGAGACUACUUCCUCCUUCCAGCUUCAGCACUUUAACUCAUUGCUUUUAACCCCUAACAACAAGCCCCUGGACUCCGGCACACUCAAGCACCUCAAGGACAUUUUUGCUACCCAUGAUUGCCACACAACAGCCCUUCACAUUUUAAAAAUGGAUUGUCAGGCGUUGAGGAUCAUUGGCGUAUCUAAAGAGCAGGAGCGGGCCAUGGGGGUGAGCUCGGGUCUGGAGCUUAUGACCCUGCCUCAGGGGCAUCAGUUUCGGAAGGACAUGCUGGAAAGGCACCAUCUUAUAGCUCUGGGCAUUGCUGUGGACAUCCUGGGCUGUACAGGGUCAGUGGCUGAACGGGCUGCCACCCUCCACAAGGUCAUCCAGCUAGCCGUGGAGCUGUGGAGGCCAGUUGGGGACCUCUUUGCCCUCUCUGCCGUGAUGAAAGCUCUUCAGCUACCACAGAUCACCCGGCUGGAGCAAACAUGGAGGCAUCUGCGCCAGAGCCACACCGCAAGCGCCAUCGUCUUUGAGAAGGAGCUCAAGCCUCUCUUGGGGAAUCUGAACAGGGCUGAAGGGAAUUCUGUCUUCUCCCCAAAGGAGGUAGCAAUUCCUCAUAUCCUGCCUCUUCUCAGUCUUAUGGAAGGAGAGCAACUGUGGGACGACAAUGAGGAGACGUGUGAUGUCCUCCUGCGGACGCUGGAAGCAGCUCGCUUUGUUGCCACCGACACUGGCACUUAUUGCAUCAGGGCUGAGGCCAGACUUCAAGGAUUCCAGGGCACUCCAGAACUCCUGGAAGUGUUUCAGACGGAGUUCUCCCUUCGGUUAUUCUGGGGCAGUAAAGGAGCACAGGUGGAACGGGGUGAACGAUACAAGAAAUUUGAACGGAUCUUGACUGUGCUUUCUCAGAAACUAGAGUGAACUCAUAGGAGUUCUCCCCCCCCAACCAUCUGGAAUGCAAGGCAAGGGUGGCAAAGAUGAUUAGUAAGCAGUAAAGAAGAGGGUCACCCGGUGCCAGGAUUAGAUGUUGACUGAGCUGAAAUUUGAAUGUCUUCCAAGGAAUGAAUGAGCAGGAGGAACUUCUCUGUGGUAGACAUUCCUUCUAGUUCAACAGGGCCAGGGCUAUGGAAAGAAACAAUCUGGAAACUUUUUUAACCUAUGCAAAAGAGCCAGCCUGCAAUAAAGAAAGCAGCAGAUGGUUUUUAACCACUAUGUGCUAUGAAAAUAACUUUGAUCUCUGCGUAUUCUUGCCCAAUUUA